AUGUCGUUGCUUACAGACAAAGACUUUGUGGAAGGUUUACCUAAUGCAUUGGACCUGUUUACUAUGCCCCCAUACCAAACGAGCGUGUUUCAACAUUACUACGUAGACGUCAGACCUGUUAGUCAAAUUACAGAUUCGUCACCAGUAGAAUUUCAAAUUGCAAACAGUGGAAGCGACUACGUGGAUUUGAAACGUAGUCGUUUACAUGUCAAGCUAAAGGUCAGUCAUUCCGAUGGAACGGAUCUAGGUAAAGAUGAACACGUGGCACCAGUAAAUCUAUUCAUGCAAGCCCUGUGGUCACAAGUCGCCGUAUAUCUACAAGGUCAGCUGGUGAGUUCGGCCAACAAUCACUAUCCCUACAAAGCCUUUAUUCAAACUUUACUGAAUUACGGAGCAGAGGCCAAACAAUCGCAACUUCAGUCCCAAUUGUUCUACAAGGACACUGGUGAAGUACAAGCGGACAUCGAAAGCACCGAUCCCAUUAAUGGAACUAAUUCUGGACUGGCCGAUCGAGGUCCGCUCAUCGCUGAAAGUAAAAUCCUUACUAUGGAAGGACCUCUGUGUGAAGAUAUUUUUAACAUGGGAAGAUAUUUAGUAAAUGGAGUGGAUAUGACAGUUAAGCUAUUUCGAAGCUCCAUACCUUUUUGUUUAAUGUCUGGAAAAUCGGGGCAAGAAUACAAGAUCGUUUUACAAGAUAUUUACUUCAAGAUAUGUAAAUUAAAAAUGAACAGUGCUCUAAUCUUAACGCACAACAAGCUGUUUGAAAAGUCUAACGCCUUGUACCCCUUCACUAAAACCGAAGUCAAAUUGAGUAGUAUUCCAUCAACACAACAAAGCUACGUGUGGGACAGUGUAUACCAGUCGCAGUGUCCAGGUAAACUGAUUGUUGGAUUUGUCGACGGUGACGGUGUGAGUGGAUCAUACACAAAGAACCCGUUUAACUUCCAAAGUUCAUUCGUGAAAACGGUGGGUUUAUAUUUGGAUGGAGUCAGUGUGCCCGGUCGACCCGUCGAAGCAGAUGAUGUCAGUGCAUACGUGAAUUUGUUCGAAGGUGUUAAUAGCUGGAACCUGGAUUGUGGAAAUUAUAUUGAAAGAACUGAAUUUUCUUUGGGAAAUGGCCUGUUUGUGUUCAACCUUGAACCCGUUUUAGUGGACUCUGAUUAUUUAAGUUUAUUAAAGAACGGUAAUUUACGGCUAGAAGUGCAGUUUAAAUCUGCAUUGACAAAGACUGUCAGUUGCAUAGUGUAUGGUGAAUUCCCCAGCUUGAUUGAAAUCGAUCAGACCAGGAACGUGUUUGUUAAAUAA